CAUGCGCAGUCGAACGGUGCGCCUUGUGGGUUUCCCUUCUGGCUACCCGGCUGGCUUCUGUGAAGAUGCCUCUGGGUCCUAAGAAGAGGUGGUGCGAGGUCUGACCGGAGCUCCCGAUAUGGAUGCUUUCAGUGAAGAACUGAUGGGGUUUGUGCAAAAGGAUGCUCAAGUAGAAGCCUCAAAAGAUCCUGUUCCAGAAAUACAUUUACCUUGGCUCUCACAGCACAUCCAGCGUACUGGGAGUCAUGUCCAGAAGGGGACAAAUUUUGCUCAGACUACAAGUAUUUGUUUAAAUUUCAUACAAGAAGCCCUGCUAAAGCACCAGUGGCAGCGAGCCUCAGAGUUCCUGCAGUGUUAUCUCCAGACUUUGGAGGACAUUAACAGCCAGAAACGGCAGAUGGCCCCAGAGAUCAUUUGGAAACUGGGCAGUACAAUUUUAUAUAAUCAUCCUAAGAGUAACGUUGAAACCUUCAGUGCCUUUGCUGACCGGAUGAAAAAUAUUGGUGUCCAAAAUUAUUUAAAGAUCUCUUUACAGCAUGCACUAUACCUUCUGCAUAAUGGAAUGGUUGAGGAUGCUUACAGGAAUCUAAACCAAGCAGAGAGCUGGAGAUACGGUGAAAUGUCUGCUUCCCAAGAAAAAUUAAUUAAACUUAUCCAGGCCUACAGAGGACUUUUGGAUUAUUAUACAUGGUCUAAAAAGAGGACAGAAGUAUCCAAAUUUGAUAUGGAUGGUUUUGCCACCAAUGCAGCAACCCACGAUAUGCACAGCUACUUCCGACAGGCAUCAGUAAAUCUUCAUGAGAUCAUUAAAAUCCCUGGAGUAUGGGACACUUUUGUAAAGAGUUAUGUAGAGAUGCUGGAAUUCUAUGGAGAUCAAGAUGGAGCCCGGCAGGUGCUCACUGACUAUGCCUAUGAUAACAAUUUUCCUUCUAAUCCAAAUGCUCAUAUCUACUUAUACAAAUUUCUGAAGAAAGAAAAGGCACCAGAAGAUAAAUUGAUUAGUGUACUUAAGAUUUUGCACCAGAUUGUGCCUUCUCAUAAGAUUAUGUUAGAAUUUCACAUGUUACUUAGAAAAUCCAAGAAAGAAGAACACCAUAAAUUGGGGCUAGAAGUUUUAUUGGCAGUGUUGGAUUUUUCUGGUUGCACUGAAAACAUAACUGCUUGGAGCUACUUGGCAAAGUACCUAAAACAAAUAAUGAAGGGAAAGCACCAAGAAUGGGUUCAGGAGGCGUGGAGCUCUAGAAAGGAUUGGUGGCCAACAUUUCACUUCAGCUACUAUCUAGCAAAAAAGAAUUGGAAAGAAAAUAGGAUUCUGGCACUGAAAAAAGCUUUCACGUCUGGAAUACUGUUGGGAAAAGGUUGCAAAUAUUUUAUGUAUGUUUCUAAACAAGGUCAUAAAAGCCGAGAGAAAAGCAUUAAAACAAUGAAGAAAUUUGUGAUGAAGCACAAUAUCUUAGAUUCAGAAGAACGUUAGUGUUGCAGAAUUAUGACAUAAUGAAGAAAUCACUAAAAUUAGAGUCAAAAGAUAGAUCUGGAUUUAUGUCCUAGUUUUAACAUUUGUGUAAUCUUGAGAAAGUCUCAAAGCUUUGAAAUUCAGUUCCCUCAUCUAUAAAAUGGGGGAAGUAACACUUUCUCUGCCAACCUCACAAGAUGACUGUGAGAAGGGCAUUUGAUGAAUGUAAAACAUUAUAAAAAUGUGUACACAAAGUACUUCUGUUAAAAGAAGGCGGUCUUCAAGAAAAAAUUAUUUUUCUGUUUAAAUUGUUAUAAUCUGUUUUGCAAAGAAAACUUAUUUCAGCAUAACUGUAGCUCCACUGUAAUUAUAAUGUUUAUUAUAUGUUUCUAACUUUUUUAUGGAAUAAAAAAUAAUUCUUCCAAGAUGGAAUGCUGUA